UCGCGCCUGGGGCUCAGCAGCCGCCACCUGCUGCAGGUGCAGCGCGGACACCCGCAGCUUCCCGCAGCCACGCGAGCAUCCCUGACCUGUUGCCGCGGCGACCAGCGGGCCCCGCCCACCCGAGGAAAGGGGGUGCGAACUACACUACCCAGAGGGCUGCGCGCGCAGGCGGGCCAAUCAGAGCUCGCGGGGGCCGGGACUUCCGGCGGCCGGGGCGGGCUGGGCCGCAGACGGGGCGGCGAGCGGGGGGCGCGUCCGUUCCGGGCGGCAGGCGCGGCGCCGGGCCCCCGACGCGGGCUGUGGGCGUCCCGGAUGGCGGCGGCGGCGGCGGCGGCGGCGGCGGCGCUGGCGGAGCGAGCGCGCGGCGGCCUGUGCUUCGAGGACGUGGCGGUGUACUUCGGCCGCGACGAGUGGGGCCUCCUGGGCGCGGCGCAGCGGGCGCUGUACCGCCGGGUGAUGCUGGACAACUUCGCGCUGGCCGCCUCCCUGGGACUGUGCGUCUCCCGGCCCCGGGUGCUCAUCCAGCUGGAGCGCGGGCAGGAGCCCUGCGGCCCGAGUGACGCGGACGACAGCCUGAGCGGGAGCCCCGGACAGGACCCGGCCCGGGCGCCUGGCUUGUCCCUGGUGCUCUCCACAUCCCCGGAGAAGCAGACUUUCCCGGCCGCUGUCCGCGGGAGAGGAGGCCCGCGGGUGUGUGCGUCACCCACCAGGAGCAGAAACCGUUGCCGCGGGGCCAGGGUGGCAGGGAGGCCGCCAGGGAGGCAGAGAGGCCCCAGGAGCGCCUGGCAGGUGAGUGCGGGCUGGGCCCCGCAGCCUGGACUGGAGCCACGCUGGGAGCCAGAGACACCUGGAGCCGGGGCCACACCUGGAGUCAGAGUCGGGGCCACACCUGGAGCCGGGGCCACACCUGGAGCCGGGGCCGGGCUGCCCGCCUGCCGCGCCUGUGGAAAGGCCUUCGCCAAGAGCUCCGACCUGCUCAAGCACCUGCGCACGCACAGCGGCGAGCGGCCCUUCACCUGCGCGGCCUGCGGCAAGGCCUUCAGCCAGACGUCACACCUGACGCAGCACCUGCGCAUCCACAGCGGUGAGACGCCCUACGCCUGCCCCGCCUGCGGCCAGGCCUUCCGCCACAGCUCGUCGCUGGGCCGCCACCAGCGCACGCACACGGCCGAGAAGGCCUUCCGGUGCGCCGACUGCGGCAAGGCCUUCAGCCACGGCUCCAACCUGGCGCAGCACCGCAAGAUCCACGCGGGCGGCCGGCCCUACGCCUGCGGGCAAUGCGGGCGCCGCUUCUGCCGCAGCGCGCACCUGGCGCAGCACGAGCGCACGCACACGGGCGAGCGGCCCUUCUCCUGCGCGCUGUGCGGGGCGGCCUUCAGCCAGGGGUCCUCACUGCUCAAGCACCGGCGGGUGCACACGGGCGAGCGCCCCUUCGCCUGCACGCAGUGCGGCCGCGCCUUCAGCCACAGCUCCAACCUGGCGCAGCACCGGCUGCUGCACACGGGCGAGCGCCCCUUCCGCUGCGCCGACUGCGGCAAGGCCUUCACCAAGGGCGCCGCGCUGCUCAGCCACCGCCGCGUCCACACGGGCGAGAAGCCCUUCUCCUGCGCGCAGUGCGGCCGCGCCUUCCGCGAGCGCCCGGCCCUGUUCCACCACCAGCGGGUCCACUCCGGAGAGCGGCCGGCCCGCAGGCCCCGCGCCCUCGCCAAGGCCCGGCCGGGCCCCGACCAGGCUCCAGGCAGGGACUGAGGCCUCCCGGCGCCUCCGCGCCGUGGCCCUGCCCGUCCUCCUGCCGCCCUGCACCCGCGGCCCAGGCUGGAGACGGCAGUCAGCCGGGGAGCCGCUGCCUUGCUCGCUGGCCUGGCAGGAGGCUGUGCGCCUGGGCUCAGACCCUUUUUCUGAGCGGGGCCUCCUGCGAGCUGGCCCUCAGCUGGUUAGGGUGGGUGCCGACCAGGGCCUCCGCCUGCGCUUCUGGGCCAACCAAGGUCGUUUGCUGCUGGCCUGCGAGAGGCAGCGCUUGAUGAACGCCACACACCCCCACUGCCAGGUCUUUCUCGGGAUGUCCGCCUGCUGCGGCGUUCCUACCAACAGCCUGUGAGGCGGCUGCUGCCACCGCUGUCCCCACUUCUCAGACGAGGGAACAGGCUGUGAGCCGGACCCAGCUGAGCCAGCCCAGCGCCUGAUGUCCCACCAUCCCCGUGUGUGGGGGCCAGCUGGGGCCUGGCCUGGCCCGACUCCCUGACCUGGGAGAGCUGGGGCAGCUGGGUCAGGAAGGCAGGGUGGACACCAAACCUCAGCUCCACCUGUCCUGUCCACGAGGUUGCUGGCCCUGAUGCCCAGGCAGGACGUCCGUGCCUGAGGCUCCGCGGUUCUAGGUUCAGUUCCCAGCAGCACAGUAAGCAGAGCUGAGCACAGCUCUGAGGAAAGAAAGUCCAGGGAGGACUCGCCACCCGCUGGCCGUGGGUGCUGUCUUCCCGGGACCUGCCCUCCCUGCUGUAGCCACAUCCUUAGGGGAAAACGAGCUUCUUUCUGUUCAUUUUCCGGUGGGGGGAACUUGGCGUGAAGGACAUUGUGAAUUCUCACACUGGGUGUCUGCCCUCCAUCGAGGGGCAGAAGGUUUCCAUGAUAGGGUCCAGGUUUUCUGAUAAAAGUUUCUUUUUUAAAAUG